AUGGAUUCUAGGUCUCCUUUACUACAGUUGAUACUGGUGGCUCUGCAAUUGAGCCUUCAAGUAGCUUGUCAGUCAGGAUCUGGAUCGAGUUCUGGAUUUGAGUCUGGAUCUGGUGACGACACUACCACAGAAGGUAUAACCGACUACCUACCCUUUCAAGAUCUUGGGACUACAACUGGAAUUGAUAGGCAAUGCCUGAAACGGAGGUUGGAUGGCGCAUCCCCAGCUAUAAACAUACCAGUUGGUUUCCCGAUUGGUACUAGCAUACAGUCUAAAGCAUAUGUUGGUACUAAUGGUAUUAUAUCUUUUGAUGAGCCUUUUCUCUAUUGGUAUCCGUCUCCUUUUCCAACACGAUGGGGCUCGGUAAAGAGACGCUAUGUUGUGGCUCCAUACUGGAGUGACAAUGAUAUCAGAGAUGAAGGAGAUGUCUGCUAUGAAGUCCACAAUGAAGACAGCAACCUAAUGCGAAGUAUCAGUGAGUUCAUUUCCUACAAGUCAGGGAGUGCAUUCAGAGGGAACUGGAUGUUGUUAGCUGAAUGGAGUGAUGUCCAUCCCUACCCUCACGGCUCUUUGCAUUGGUGGUGGUGGUCAUACUAUGGUAAUAUUCGAUCUUUCACUCAAAAUGAGAACACUUAUCAAGCUGUUGUCAUAACUGAUGGGGUUACUUCCUAUUCUCUCUUUACUUAUAACUGUGAGGAGCUCCAGUGGUCUGGUCGCUGGAGAGGAGCUACCAUUGGGUAUAACUCUGGAGGAAGAUUCUACAGGAAUGACAAGCUAUCUGGACUCAAACAAGCCAAGCAGAUUGGCUGCAGAAAUGAGCCAAUGUCUCCAUACAAUAAUGUCAUUUAUCAGCUCAGUGUCUCAGCUGAUGUAAUUCAACAACUACGCAAGAGAUGCUAUGAUAUGCACAGAGAAGACAUCAAAUUGCACAAGGACAUUCAUGACAUUUAUAACUCCUUAGAGCCUUGUCCAUGCACUUGGUGGCAAGGUUGGAGGGACAGACGAUUCACUUUUCAGUGGCAGGCAUGGUAUGAUGGCUCACUUUGUCAUCAGCAAAGGUUCCCUAGGAAUAAAGCUGCUCAAUUUUGCUGCUAUUCCCUAAACUGGCCGGGUUGGGGCUCAUUGAAGACAGCUCAAUCCACUAGUGACUGGGGCACUAACAUGCUUCGUUAUCAUCCUGGCCGUGACUACUUGAAGUUUUUAAAGUAUGAUCAUGAAUUCCGUAGGACCUGCUGCUCUGUUGGACUUUGCUCACUCUAUUACGAGAGGAGACCAACUAACAACUGUGCUAGAUACAGACCUCCUAGAAGAACUUGGGGUUGGGGCGACCCUCACAUCACAACACUUGACAAUUUUCAGUACACAUUCAAUGGCUUGGGAGAGUUCAUUCUAUUGGAGUUGAAUGAUGGAUCAUUUACAAUCCAAGGAAGAGCCAUCCCUGUCAAUAGCGAAGUAAAAGCAACGAAGUUCUCUUCACUGGCAUUUAAAGAAAAUAUCAGCGAAUCAGUGGAAAUAAAAUAUAAUGAUAAUGAUUUUACUGUCUAUGUUGACAAGAUUGAUAUGUCUGACAUGCUAUCAAAUGUGAAUGAGACUUACAACAAUAAUGAUAGCAGUAUAGAGCUGACAAGGCAGGACACUGACUCAAUGCUAGUUGCAUUUGCUAAUGGAAUCUCAGUCACUGUUAACAUUACAAUGGAGCUUCUACACUUCACAAUAGCUCUGCCUGAAGACUACAUCAAUCAAACGCGAGGACUCUUGGGAAAUUACAAUGGAAUUAAAGAUGAUGAUUUAGAGGAGUAUAAUGGGACUGCUUAUGAAAAUGCGACAAAGCUUAAUGAAUCAGCUAUAUAUGAUGUGGCAAAUACAUGGAGAGUAAAGGAUAAUAGUUCAUCUUUGUUUGUUUCACCAGCUCCUAAUCCCGAUCCCUCCUUUAAACCAACUUUUGUUGAUUUAUCAUCGGUGAAUGAAACUGUCGUUGAAGCUUGUGAAAACGAUACUGCUUGUGUCAUUGAUGCUACACUUACUAACAAUAUAUCCAUUGGUCUGGGUACACUAAAUGUUAACAGUGUAAAUGUAGUUGAAAUGAAUGAGCUAUCAAACUUCCCCCCUACCAUGACUGGUGAUGCAAACAUCACAGUGUUCAACAAUGUCCCUGUAACUUACAAUUUCCAUGUGAGUGAUACUGGAGCAGUCACUGUAGCAGUUAGUGGGUCAGAGCCAAGCACUGGAUCAUUGAAUGACUUGGGGAAUGGAGACUGGGAGUAUACAUUCACUUGGACAAUCGACAACCCUACAAGCUUUUCCCUGUCGUUUGUAGCUACAGAUGCUUUUAAUGCAUCAGCUACUUUAGUGCCACUAGUUUCUAUCUGUGGCUGUAUCAAUGAUGGAAAUUGCACAUAUGACGGAGUUGUAGAUGCAACAAACACAACUAUUGUAUUACCAUGUGAAUGCCCUGAAGAUGUUUGGGAGGGUCAAUAUUGUGAGAUUGAUGUUGAUGGAUGUGAGUUUACUUUGUGUUUUGAUGAUGUUGAGUGCUCUGAUAAUCCUGCUCCAAUGGCUGGAGCUUCGUGUGGUCCUUGUCCCCAAGGAUUCUCUGGUGAUGGCACAAAAUGCAACGAUGUUGAUGAGUGUGUUAAUGGGACUAAUCUCUGUGAACAAAGGUGUGUCAAUACUGAAGGUAGCUAUCACUGCGAAUGUUGGGAUGGAUAUCGACGCAUUAACGACUCGCAUUGUGAAGAUAUCAACGAGUGUGCUGGUUACAAUGAUUGUCAUCAAUUCUGUAAUAACACGAUUGGAUCUUAUUUCUGUAGCUGCCGGGAAGGAUUUCAUUUGGAAACUGAUAAUGAGACGUGUGCUGCUAAUGUUAACUGCCCUCCUAGUACUGUUAUUCCAAGAGGCGUAUAUUGUGCCUGGAUUAAUAACGCUAUUGUGUUUUAUUGUGGUAAAGGAUACACAUACAAUAGCAGUAGGAGUGAGUGUCAAGAUACAAAUGAGUGCUUAUUGAAUGGAGCUUGUGAACAAAUCUGUAACAAUACCAUUGGAUCUUUCUCGUGUUCAUGCAGAGAAGGUUUUACAGUCUCUGGAAGACAAUGCAAUGAUAUUGAUGAGUGCCUUGAAAAUGCACUAUCCAAUGAACCUCCAUUGUGUUCUGAUACUCAAAUGUGUACCAAUACCAUUGGUGACUAUGAGUGUGUCUGUCCUGAAGGAACAGAAGUGAUCAGUCUAGAGGAGUGUGUUUCUUUUUCACAAACUCCUACGCAAACUACACCACCAACUGUACAGACUCCAACUAUUGUGGAACCUCUACUCAAUUUGAUUGAACUCAUUGCUAUUGCUGUUGGUGGAGGAGUAGCAUUAGCACUGUUGGUAAUGCUGAUGAUUGUAUGUGCUAUGUUAGUUCGCAAGAAAAAGAACAAAAAGUCAAAAAGAGUUCGUGUGAUGCCAGCAAGAGAUCCUAAUACGGUUGAGCUGAGGGAGCAGUAUAGAAAUAGACAGACUUUUUAA